CCGACCACCGCUCGGCAUUUAUAGCCAUGCGUAAAGGCUAGAGCGCACAGUGAAGCACUCUGGCUCAGCGCUUCUUCAGGGGAGGAAAUACAAACCGCCAACAAUACAAACCUUUUCCCCCCUCUUUGCUUCUUCUCUGGACUUAAACUGCAAAGACUUUUUGAAAAAAAAAGAAAAAGAAAAAAAAAAAAGGCAACAACUUUUCAAAACUCCCCCCCACAACCAAAACCAGUCGUGGCACAAACUACCGCCCUUCGCUGCUUUGUGCAUUCAAGGAUCCUGGUCGGUCCUCCAUGAAAGAGGGAGUGCGGCAGCAAACUUGGGGAAAAGAGAUGUCUGCGACCGUCUUGUCCGCUUUCUACGACAUCGACAUGCUUUACAAGCAGCAGGAUAAAAGCAUGAACAUGAACACCAUCCACAUCAACAGCAUGCUGGACAAGAAAGCUGUUGGGGCUCCGGUGACGACUCCGAGCUCCGGCGGCUCCUACACGCCGGGAUUUUUCCGCAGAAACUCAACCAGCAACGUGGAGUCGAUGAACAACAGCAACAAGUACUCAGUGGGCUCCUACGGCAGCCUGAAGGAGAACACGCCGAACAGCAGCAGCAGCGCCACAGCCUUGAUGAACAAGGAAAACAAGUUCCGUGACCGGGCUUACAGCGAGACCGGAGACCGGGGCGUGCUGCAGCAGAAGCCCGGCUCUCAGAUCAACUCCACCCGCUACAAGACCGAGCUGUGCCGGCCCUUCGAGGAGAAUGGGUCGUGCAAGUACGGAGAGAAAUGCCAGUUCGCUCAUGGCUACCACGAGUUGAGGAGCUUGUCCCGCCACCCUAAGUACAAAACGGAGCCCUGCCGCACCUUCCACACCAUCGGCUUCUGCCCGUACGGCCCCCGGUGUCACUUUAUCCAUAACGCCGAGGAGCGCAGACCUGCUCCGGCCGCCAACGCUAAUGUGCAGGCGGCGGAGCCCCGGUCGGCCCGGGAGCUGUGCGGCUACGGCCAGAGGGAAGUCCUACCGCCGCCGCAGCAGGUCGGCUACAACCAGAGGGACAGACCAAAGCUUCACCACAGCCUGAGCUUCUCCGGCUUCUCCACGCACCACGGCCUGGAGUCCCCGCUGCUCGAUAGCCCCACGUCCCGGACCCCGCCGCCGCCCGCCUCCUCCUGCACCUCCGCCUCCAGCUUCUACGAAGAGGUGCUGUCGCCCAACUCGGUGUCCUGCAUCAACAGUGCCUUCUCUUUCCCCGGGCAGGACCUAAAAGCCUUACUGGCCCCGCUGGCCGUGCACACCCCCGGCGGCUACGCCAACAACCACUCCACCGGUGCCUACUACGGGAACAUGCAGGGCAGCGGCAUGUGUCCGCCCUCCCCUCCCUCCUACAACAUGAGCCACUUGCAGGCGCUGCGCCGCCUCAGCGAGUCGCCGGUGUUCGAGCCUCCUCCCAGCCCGCCGGACUCGCUCUCUGACCGGGAGAGCUAUGCGAGCGGGUCCCUCAGCUCUUCCGGGAGCCUCAGCGGCUCCGAGUCCCCGAGUCUGGAUGCUGGAAGACGUUUGCCAAUCUUCAGCAGGCUGUCGAUUUCAGAUGACUAAUCUUUUUUUUUUUUCUUUUUGUAUUAUUUUCAAUGGAUUAUGGAUGGGUGGGGGACAGCAGCAGCAGGGUGGUGGUGGUGUAGAGUGGCAGACUGUCUUCAGCUAGAGGACCCGGGUUCAAGCAGCCCUCCCCUCCCCGUGUCAGCAGCACCCACCCUGCUGAAGUGUCCUUGAGCAAGACAUUGAAUCCCCCAGCAGCUCCAGCGCUGCUGACCCGGCUCCGACCUCCCUGGAGGGGGGCAAGCAUCAGCGAAUUCCCCUGCAGGGAUCAAGAAAUCAUCAAUGUUUUAAAAAAGUGUCCUUGACCUGGCAUUAGUUAGUUUUUUUUUCUCUUGUAUGUAAUAUGAUAGCUGUAUAAAAAGUAGAUAGCAAACAGAAGGCAUUCCAUCAGUGCCUUGCCCAAGGGCUCAUGGCAGCCCCCCCUCCCUUUUUUUUUUUUUUUUUUUUUUUUUUUGCUCUAUCAGGCAAGCCACACUUUUCCUGGGAUUAGACGUGUAACAUGACUUGACAAGAAGAGACUGUAAGCGGUUUCAGAUUUCCUCCCAUCCUGCCAAGAAUAUGCCUUGACUCAAAGUAACAAUUUUUUUUUCAAAGUAUGUGUGUUAUGAUUUUUUUUUUUUUUUUUUUCAUUCUCUGAAAGCUUAAACUUCCAUUCCAGAUCUGUACUCUGUCUUCUCACAGUGCCACCCAGUGGUUCGUUUGGUUAGUCUAGUUUGUUGCUUGGUUAAAAAGCACUCUUGAGCUGGGUUUGUUUGGGGAAAUCACUGCUGAUGGUUGAAUAUAUAUUUUUUUAGCUGUUUUUGAGUGAUUUACAUAGCGGUGCGUAACUGGCUAUGGACUAUUUAACUUAUUUAUUAUCUUGUGAAAAAAGUAUAGGCUACAUUGGUAAUUUGUGUCCAUACUGUAUUUAUCAAGUAUGAUGAAGCAAUAGAUCUAUAUUCUUUUAUGUUUAAAUUAUGAUCGCCAUUAUUAAUCUGCAUAAAGUGGAGUGUAUGUUCUUUUCACAGUAAUAUAUAUAUUUUGUUUUUUUUUCUCCUUUUUUGUAACUUCACUUGGUUAUUUUUAUUGUAAAUGAGUAAAAAAAAGAUCUUAAUUUAAGAGAACGUAUGUGAUAUUUAUUUCAUUAAUUUUGUUUCCUUGUUUACGUUUAUUAAAAAAAGUUUGCGUGAUUGCUGUUUGCUCCUGAGGUUGCGUGUCAGUGCUGUGGAAGGCGUUUUUUUUUUUUUUUUUUUUUUUUUUUUUUCUGAGGAUCCCUAUUUAGAUGUUUCAGUAGAAUGUAUAAACAGUGUGGUUGUACAGACCGUCCAAACCUUACUUCUUUUUUUUUUAUCUAGAUCAGACUUCAGUGACAAAGAACCCAAGUCAAUAAAUUAACCAAAAAGUAUUUUUGUUUUCUCUGUUUGCACGAGGUCACACUGUGAUUCCAGCCACGUGCUAAAGAAUGUAGCAAUCCCUUGUGCCCCAGUAUUAUUGUGUAGUGCCUAUGGGGUUCACCAUCUUGACAUGCCUUAAGAUUAACCAAAUAAAGUAUUUUUCCUACAUGGCAUAUUUUUUACACAAGUUGAACUGAAUGUAGUGUUGGAUUCUGAAAUUAUGACUUUUUUUUUUUUUUUUUUUUAAAGGUUGUUACCACUCAUGAGACACUCUUGGUGCAACAGCCGUAACCUUUCAAGUCCCCAUUCCUCUACACUUAUUUUUUUCUUCUUUUUUUCCUAUUUGAGAUUGAAUCUAGUCUGAGUCUUGAGAAUUUGCUGGAGGGGGAAAGUGGUUGAACACGUUGGGUUUGUACAUAGUAGGUACAGGGGAUGCGCACUAUGUACUUUUGACUACUUUAUCAGAAGUAAAGCUUUUUGAAUGUAACAAAAAAAAAAAAAACGGACAAAAAGACAACAUGAGUUGUAAUAUAAUUAUUUUUCGGGGAGUCAGUUCACUACAAAUUGAGUGUGAGACUGUUAACUUUGUGCUGUACAUUUUUUUGUAGUUCUCCCAAUAAAAAUCAUUUUGAAAGAG